AUGAGUACCAAGAAACCCAAUUGCAUGUCUAUUAUUUUGGUUUUGGUCUUGGUUUUAUGCCAAUGUAUUCGGCUGAAAGCUCAGCUUCAAGUAGGGUUUUACGCUGCUUCAUGCAGUAUGGCUGAGUUCAUUGUUAAAGAUGAGGUUAGAAAAGGGGUUAGUAGUGACAAAGGCAUGGCCGCUGGCCUCCUCAGAAUGCAUUUUCAUGAUUGUUUUGUGAGGGGUUGUGAUGGAUCAGUGCUAAUUGACUCCACUCCUUCAAACACAGCAGAGAAAGAUUCUCCAGCUAAUAAUCCUAGUCUUCGAGGGUACGAAAUCAUCGAUAAUGCAAAGGCUAGACUUGAAGCAUCAUGUAAAGGAGUUGUCUCAUGUGCUGAUAUACUCGCUUUUGCGGCAAGGGAUAGUGUGGAGAUGACAGGAGGGUUGGGCUAUGACGUUCCUGGUGGAAGAAGAGACGGUAGAAUUUCGUUAGCUUCUGAUAUACAAGCGAACUUACCUGCUCCUACACUAAACGUCAACCAACUCACUCAAAUGUUUGCAAACAAGGGAUUCACUCAAGAAGAAAUGGUGACGCUUUCCGGCGGACACACCAUUGGCCGGUCUCAUUGUACUUCCUUCAGCGCCAGACUGUACAGCUUCAACACAACGGUGAGUCAGGACCCAAGUCUAGAUCCCACAUAUGCAACCCAGCUGAAGCAGCAAUGCCCACAGGGCAGCACAAACCCUAAUCUGGUGGUUCCAAUGGACACAUUAAGCCCAAGUACCACAGACGUAGGCUACUACAGGGACAUUCUAGCCAACAAAGGAUUGUUCGGUUCAGACCAAACUCUCAUGACAAACACAGCCACAGCAAACCAAGUGAAUCAAAAUGUUAGGAACCCCAUGCUUUGGAGUAGAAAUUUUGCUGAUGCAAUGGUGAAGAUGGGUCGAAUUGGUGUGCUAACAGGUAAUAACGGAGAGAUUCGAGCAAAAUGCAGAGUGAUCAACAGCUGA